AUGACGAAACGCAACGACGCCGUUAUGUCCAACCCACUCGACCUGUUCACGGAGGAGAUCAUCCACGCAAUCCUCGACCACCUAAACGACGAGCCGUUUUCCAAAAAGUCCUUCUCCUUGUGCUGCAAAUCGUUCUACUUCAUCGAGUCCCGCCACCGCAAGUCCCUCACUCCUCUCCGCUCCGAGCUCCUCCACCGCGCCCUCCACCGCUACCCUUACAUAUCCCAUCUCGACCUCACUCUCUGCCCGCGCGUCAGCGACGCCACGCUCGGUUCUGUCGCCGCCACGUGGAGGGAGACGCUCCGCUCGAUCAACCUGUCGCGGUCGAAGGGGUUCGGCGGCAUUGGGAUGCGUGCGUUGGCGGCGGGGUGUUCGGGGUUGGUGGAGAUCGACGUGUCGAACGGGACGGAGCUGACGGACGCGGCGGCGAAGGCGAUCGCGGAGGCGAGGAAUCUGGAGAAGCUGUGGAUGGGGAGGUGUAAGUUUGUUAGUGAUAUAGGGAUUGGUUGUAUAGCCGUUGGAUGUAAGAAGCUCAAGGUGUUGAGCUUGAGGUGGUGCUUACGUGUCACGGAUUUGGGGGUUGGAUUGGUCGCUGUGAAGUGCAAGCAGCUCAGGAGUUUGGAUCUCUCUUGUCUGCCGAUUACAGAAAAAUGUCUUCCACCGAUCCUGCAACUACAAUAUCUUGAAGAUUUGGUUCUUGAAGGAUGCCUUGGAAUUGAUGAUGAUGGCCUUGUUAGCCUCGAGCAUAGUUGCAGCUCGCUCAAGAUGCUUAAUUUGUCGAAAUGUCAGAAUGUUAGUCAUGUGGGUUUGUCUUCACUGACACAUGGUGCUGAGAACCUUGAGCAGCUAAUCCUAUCAUAUGGUCCUUCGGUCACCACUGACCUGGGGAAAUGCCUCCUUAAUUAUUCGAGGUUGAAAUCGAUUAGACUAGAUGGUUGUUUGGUCACAUGUUCUGGAACUAAAGCGAUUGGAAGUUGGCGUGCCUCACUGAGAGAGCUGAGUUUAAGUAAAUGCACUGGAGUGACAGAUGAGUGCCUCUCCUUCCUUGUGCAAGCACACAGGCAGUUGCUGAAACUAGACAUCACCUGCUGCCGCAAAAUAACUUCUGCCGCUAUAGAUUGCAUAACAAAAUCAUGUACAGUCCUUACUUCCCUGAGGAUGGAAUCCUGUACCCUGGUUUCUAAAGACGCUUUCCUGUUGAUUGGGCAGCGUUGCCAAUUCUUGGAGGAAUUGGAUGUCACAGAUAACGAAAUUGAUGAUGAAGGAUUAAUGUCCAUCUCAAGAUGUUCCAAACUUUGUAGUCUAAAGUUGGGUGUCUGCUUGAACAUUACUGAUGAAGGACUCAUCCAUGUCGGAAGUGGCUGUCGAAAGCUGAAAGAGCUUGAUUUGUAUAGGUCGCUGGGAGUAACUGAUGUGGGCAUUGCAAAAAUAGCUCAGGGUUGUCCUGAUCUGGAGAUGAUCAACAUUGCUUACAAUAAUAAAAUCACAGACUCUUCAUUGAUAUCAUUGUCAGAGUGUUUGAGAUUAAGGAUACUUGAACUUCGAGCAUGUCCUUCUGUCUCGACAGUUGGCCUUUCAGCUAUUGCUAGGGCAUGUAGGCAACUUGCAGUGCUGGAUAUAAAGAAAUGCUUCAAUAUCAAUGAUAAUGGCAUGCUUGCACUUGGUCAAUUUUGCCAUAAUCUCAGACAGAUAAACCUGUCCUAUUGUUCAGUCACAGAUGUGGGGCUGUUAUCUCUCACCAACAUCAACCGCCUUCAAAACAUGACUAUUUUGCACCUGACAGGAUUGAGUCCAAAUGGCCUCGCUGCUGCCCUAUUGGCAUGUGGAGGCUUAACAAAAGUUAAGCUUCAUACAUCCUUGAAACCUCUGCUUCCAAAAUAUAUUUUUGAGUACAUGGAAGGCCGUGGUUGUGUGUUUCAUUGGAGGGACAAAGCAUUCCAGGUGGAGAUAGAUCCAAAAGGAUGGCAACUGCAUGUAGGAAGAUCUCCUGAAGGCUGAAGCUACAUAGGUUGGGAAGAAAGGGAGACAUGCAGACAAAUAUGUGAUUAGAAGGCUGAAGGGUCCAACAAGUUCAUGCCCUGCAAGCCCUGUUAACUAUGGGACUAAUAUGGAAGUCCAGGAUUGUGCAUUACAUUGAAGUUUUUAAGUCUGACAAACCCUUGCAGCUACCCUACCUAUCUUUCACCAAACAAUAUUCAAUGUUUGGGUGAAACUGAAAUCAUACACUUCAUGGAAGUCUAAUUUUGUAGGAGAACAAGAUGAGAUUGGUGUUCAAUAAGAAUCUACUGUGUCUUUCUCAUCUAUUCAUUU